CUUUUUUCUUUUUUCCUCUUCUUCUUCUUGUUGUUUUUUCUUUUUCCUUAUUCACUUACUUAAUUAGAAGAAUAUAUUAUACAAUCUUUUCUUUUUUAUUAUUGUUAUUAUUAAAAAGAAUUAGAAAAAGGAAUUAAAUAAUAGAUAUUUUCCCUUAAAACAACAACAAAAAAAAAAGGUAAAUAUAAAAGGAAAAGGUAAUUUUAUUUAAUAAUUUUUACUUAAAUAACCCCGAAUUUUUAUUUUUUUAUCUUUUUGUCUUUUUCUUUCGUCUUUUAUAUACAUAUUAAAAGAUACAUAAAACAAUGAGAGAAAUUAUUCACGUUCAAGUUGGUCAAUGUGGUAACCAAAUUGGUCAAAAGUUUUGGGAAACAAUCUCACAAGAACACGGUCUUGACACAAAUGGAGUCUAUGCUGGAGAUAAUAAUCUUCAAUUAGAACGUAUCAAUGUCUUUUAUAAUGAAGGUUCUUCUGGUCAAUAUGUACCUCGAUCUGUUCUUGUUGAUCUCGAACCUGCUACGAUGGAUUCAGUACGUGCUAGUCCUUAUGGUAAACUUUUCCGUCCUGAUAACUUUAUCUUUGGUCAAAACGGUGCAGGUAACUCUUGGGCUAGAGGUUAUUAUACAGAAGGUGCUGAGUUAGUUGAACAAGUUUUGGAUGUUGUUCGUAAAGAAGCUGAACACACGGAUUGUCUUCAAGGUUUCCAAUUAGCUCAUUCUUUGGGUGGUGGUACCGGUUCUGGUCUUGGUUCUCUUUUAUUGUCUAAAAUUCGUGAAGAAUACCCUGAUCGUAUGCUUUGUACCUAUUCUGUUGUUCCUUCUCCUAAGGUCUCUGAUACGGUUGUUGAACCUUAUAAUGCUGUCUUAUCCGUUCAUCAACUUGUUGAAAACUGUGAUGCUACUUUCUGUAUUGAUAAUGAAGCCCUCUAUGAUAUUUGUUUCCGUACUUUAAAGUUGACUAACCCUGAUUAUGGUCAAUUAAAUGAACUCGUCUCCACUGUCAUGUCAGGUGUCUCUACCAGUUUACGUUUCCCUGGUCAAUUGAACAGUGAUUUACGUAAACUCUUUGUCAACAUGGUCCCCUUCCCUCGUCUUCAUUUCUUCAUGGUCGGCUUUGCUCCUUUAACUGCCUUUGGUUCUCAACAAUAUCGUAACUUGAGUGUUCCCGAAUUGACAGCUCAAAUGUUUGACGCUCGUAACAUGAUGGCUGCCUCUGAUCCUCGUCAUGGUCGUUAUUUAACCGUAGCUACCAUCUUCCGUGGUCGUCUUUCGACAAAGGAAGUUGAAAACCAAAUGUUGGCUGUUCAACAAAAGAAUUCUUCUUAUUUUGUUGAAUGGAUUCCUAAUGGUGUUAAAACCUCUCUUUGUGAUAUUCCUCCUGUUGGCUUGAAGAUGUCAGGUACCUUUAUUGGUAACAGUACAGCUAUUCAAGAAUUAUUUAAACGCGUCAAUGAUCAAUUUACAGCCAUGUUUAGAAGAAAGGCUUUCUUGCAUUGGUAUACAGGUGAAGGUAUGGAUGAAAUGGAGUUUACAGAAGCUGAAUCUAACAUGAACGAUUUGGUCUCUGAGUAUCAACAAUACCAAGAAGCUACAGCUGAUGAUGAACUUAUGGAAGAUGAAGACUAUCUUGAAGAAGAUCAAGUUCUUGAAGAAGAAGAAGAAGAUUAAGAUUCCUUUAUUUUAUUUUAUUUUUUUUUUUAUUCCCCUCCCCUCCUCGUCUCUCCCUCUCCCCCUCCCCCCUUUUUUUUUUCUCUCAAUUAUACACAAAUAAUCUUAAUAUCCCCACCCAUCAUCAUAAUUCAAGAAAGAAAGAAAAAAAAAAUAAAUAAAAAUUAUGCUUAUUUUGAUUGGUUAAAACAAAA